AUGAGGUGGGUGCCGUUAGUGCUCCUGCCGCUCAUCGCCUCGGCGGCAACAACUUAUCAGCACAGGCAGACGUAUUGUGAGUUUUUUUCCCGGAUUUCGGUAGACUUCUGUGCACUGAUUAUUCUAAAAAUGUUUGUGUGAAAUCUCCAUAUCUAGUUCGCCAUUUUCCUAGUUGAUCAGGUUUCAAUACGACCACUUCUAAGAGUACUGUAGCUCUGCGAACUUCCAAGAGCUACAGUAGUCUUCGGAGUGAUCGUACACAAAAGAUAUCAACUACAAAAGCAAAGUGCUAGGUAUGAAGAUUUCACAGAGCAAUGUUGACAAUGAUAGAUCCUCUUGUGUGGCAGAUCUUACAACACUAACUCAGCGAUUGAUCGUAGAGCUAAGAACAGCUAAAGAAAUCUUUGCGUAAUAAGACAUGACAGUCGCCGUAUCCAUACUACCGUAACCCAAUCCUAAUCAUCUUAAGGUCCCUUCUCCCGCCGCCAUCCAUCUCUUUGCCCAAUCUGUCAGUGUUUUGGUUCACAGUUUGACAGUGUAAUAUUCCUCCGUUAGCCCUCUCUCUUCUUCUUCUUCUUCUUCUUUCGACACAACGGCAUUUUCAUUAUCAUUACCAGUGUGUGUGUGUGUCUCCAAUGAGAGAUUCGGCAAAUCGAGGAGAGGCGCACGCGGGGGAGGAUGGCAAGGGCGUGGCGCCCAUGUUGGCACACCCAAAAGUGACCUUGUAGGAACAAUAUCUUUCGUUGGGCGGGGCACACUUGCUGCAUUCCGUUUUUUGGGGGACGAGUGUGGGAUGGAAUAUUUAUGGGUCAAAAAAAGACGGAAUGAGUCAUUGGAAAAAAGUGUUUUUCAGCCAGCCUGCAAUGCCGAGUAAACGACCCGCUAUCAUGUAAUCAGGCGAAGAGCGAGGUAUUCGAAAAAGAUAAGGGGGAGCUGAUUUAAACUCGUAGAUCUCUUUCAGGUUUGCGUGUUCGUAAACGGACAAUACCGUUGCGAGUGCCCGGUGGGAGUCUCCCGACUCUCGGACGGUCGCUGCCUCGUCGUCAACGAAUGCGCGCGUCCCUCCCUGAAUGCCUGUCACAAAGACGCCGAUUGCGUCGAUCUGGCAGAGGGAUACACGUGCCGAUGCCAUGCCGGAUUCGCCGACACCUCCCCGGACAAGGUGAACAAGCCGGGAAGAAUGUGCCAGAAGACGGCAAACGAGUGCGGCGCGAAGAGCACUUACGGAGUGGACUGCGAUGAAAACGCCGCCUGCGUGGACACUCCCGAAGGAUUCCAAUGCGUGUGUCAACCGGGAUACGUGGAUGUUUCCACGUCGAUUUCUAAACUUCCGGGCAGGAAAUGCGUUGAAUCGGUGAACGAAUGCACGAACGGAGAGGCGGAUUGCUCCACCAACGCCGAUUGCUUCGACCGUCCGGACGGGUACGAAUGCAAAUGCCGGCCCGGAUUCGUCGACGCUUCCCCGAACGUCGACAAGUACCCGGGAAGAGUGUGCAACAAGCCCAAGGCUCCAGAAUACUACGGACAACAAAGUCGGCAGCCGCAGUGCUCAGAGGGAUCCGGAUGCGGGCCGAACGAGGAGUGCAGGUUCAACACGGCCGGAGAGCGAGUGUGCCAGUGCAGAAGAGGAAGUGUGCAGCAGUCGAACGGAGUGUGCAAGGUGUUCAGUCAGUGCGAGCAGGCCAACGAAUGCGACAAGAACGCGUUCUGCUCGAACACCUACGACGGACCAAAGUGCCAAUGCAAGGCUGAUUUCCUAGACGUCUCCCCGGAUCCGGUCAGAUUGCCAGGAAGAAAGUGCCAGCAAGGUAAGAUCCAGUUAGACUUUAUCUUUGAUAUUCUUGUGAUUUAGUCCGCAAUGAGUGCGCCGACGGCUCUCACGACUGCUCCCAUCAGGCCGAUUGCCAAGACACCCCCACCGGAUACAUCUGUACUUGCAAGUCGAACUGCAUCGACGUCUCCUCCAGAUACAACCUUCCACCGGGAAGAAAGUGCAGCGUCGGUAAGUGAAUGCUUCUUUGCAUCUCAACUAUUUUGAAAAUGAACUUGAAUUACAUAAACUAAUUCAGAGAAGCAUCGUGAUCCAGGUAAGUAAGAAUGUGGAAAUAAGGUGCAUGGGAUAUGGAUAGGUUCCAGGGCUAAUAAUGAGUUCGCCUUGCAUGUUUCUAGCUUUGGCUGAAAUCUCUUUCUCCCCCGACUUGGUUCACUGCUCGUCUCGUUAAUUCUUCUUCCGAUCGCACCUUUUCCCUUUUUCCAGCCGCCAACCAGUGCUCCGACAAAUCCCUGAACUCCUGCGACGAGAAUGCCGAUUGCGUGCAGCUCCCCGACGGAUACACUUGCAAAUGUUUCGCAGGAUACGUCGACGUUUCCUCUAACGCGAACCUGCCGCCAGGACGCGUCUGCACUCUCUCCACCGCUUGCCCCGCGCAACCGACCGAUCUCGUCUUCCUCAUCGACGGUUCCGGCUCCAUCGGAUCCUACGUGUUCCAGACGGAAGUGCUCCGAUUCUUGGCCGAAUUCACUGAACUCUUCGACAUUGCUCCACAGAAGACCCGAGUCUCUGUCGUUCAGUACUCUGAUCAGAUUCGCCACGAGUUCGGAUUGGAUAACUAUUCGGACAGAAAGUCCCUUCAGAACGCCAUCAGAAACAUUGAAUAUCUAACCGGACUCACGAGAACCGGAGCUGCCAUCGAGCACGUUGCCAACGAGGCGUUCAGUGAGAGAAGAGGAGCCCGACCAGUGGGACAGGUCUCUCGAGUCGCCAUUGUGAUCACAGACGGAAGAUCUCAGGACAAUGUGACCCGUCCUUCGGACAACGCGCGUAUCCAGGACAUCCAGCUGUUCGCCGUCGGAGUCACCAACCACGUGCUCGACGCCGAACUCGAGGAGAUCUCCGGCUCCAAAGACCGCACUUUCCACGUCUCCGGCUUCGAAGACCUGAACACCCGUCUCCGAUCGGCCAUUCAACGUGUCGCGUGCCCGCAUCAGAACAACGAGGACACCUUCAACAAGGGACCAUGCGACCCGAGCAACCACAACGGAUGCGACCGUUCCCUCAAUCAAGUGUGCCAGCAGACGGACGGAAAAUUCAUCUGCGCCUGCCCGCCCGGAUUCGACAUCCAUCCGGUGACGAAAGUGUGCGGAGGAGACGUCUGUAACCCGGAGAUUGCCACCUCAUGCCCGGAUCCGGAGAUUUGCGAGAAGACUCCGUUCGGAAACUGGAGAUGCACCUGCCCGGCGGAUCUCGGAUGGAGAGACAGACUCACCGGAGUUUGCAGUAAGUUCCAUACAAACAGAAACGAAAACUAAUGCUCUUCUCCUCUUUCAGAGAUCGGUGAGAAACCAGAGGUCUCCCUGGCGACCGAUGAGUGCCAUCCGAAUGAUAUCCACAGCUGCCCACCAAACUCAAAGUGUGAGAAGGGAGCCGGCGGAGAGUUCAUCUGCAAGUGCGACGCCGGAUUCCAAAGAAACGGACGGACGAACAAGUGCGAGGCGCCAGGAACCUGCGACCCACGAGUCCCCGACUCUUGCGACGCCAGAAAGAAGGAGAAGUGCCUGCCGGACGGACGAGGAGCCUUCGCGUGCAUGUGCGACAGACAUCACAAGAGACACCCGGUCACCGACAUUUGCUGUCAGUUUCGGAGACUUGAUAUAUAUAUAUAUAAUCUAAAUGUGUUUCAGUGAUUGAUGAGUGUGCCGCCGGAGUUGCCGACUGUGACCCGAAUGCCAAGUGCACAGACACCGACGAAUCGUUCCUUUGUACUUGUAACGAAGGAUUCUUGGACAAAUCGCCGGAGCAGAACAAGAAACCAGGAAGAGUUUGCUCGAAACGUAAGUUGCCAACCUACAAUCAUCAUCAAAUUCAUGUUCAGAACGUAACGAAUGUCUCGACGCCACGCACAACUGCUCGAUGAACGCCGACUGCAUCGACCUGCCCGACGGCUUCUUGUGCCGAUGCAAGGAAGACUUUGUCGACAUCUCCCCGAACCCGCACGCCUUCGGAGGCAUCGACUGUCGUGCUCUGGUCAACGAGUGCCUCAUACCGGGAGGUCAUAAUUGCCACGAGCACGCCAUCUGCAUCGACACCAGAGACUCCUACAAAUGCCAGUGCAAAGAGGGAUACGUCGACCACGAUGAGCUGCGAAAUCCAGGAAGAACGUGCAAGAAGCGUGAGUUCCAACGUGGCCCUUCGGCAUGAGAAUGUACAUAAUUAUUUCAGUCAACCAAAUCUGCGAGUCCGGAAAGCAUGAAUGCGACAAGAACGCGCGGUGCGUCGAGAAGGGAGCCAACGACUACGAAUGUGUGUGCAACGCCGGAUUCAUCGACAAGAGCCCGCUUGUGCAUCGUCCCGGACGCAAGUGCGUGGAGCCGAUCUGCUCGGACGACACGAAACACGACUGCCACUCGGCCGCCAUCUGCGAGGAGAACGACGCCGUUCCGGAGAAGUACACGUGCAAGUGCAGAGACGGAUACCUCGACGUGUCCGACGGAAACAAGGGUCGUGACUGCAAAGAGCUCGUGAACGAAUGUCUCGAUUCCUCGCUCAAUUCCUGCGACGCGGCCGCCACGUGUAUCGAUUUGGAGGACGGAUACACGUGCAAAUGCCCAUUGGGAUCCAAGGACGAGUCUCCGGACCAGAAGCUUCCGGGAAGAUCGUGCAAGGGACUGGUGAACGAGUGCAACAUCCCGCACCUAAACAACUGUUCCCACUUUGCCACGUGCAUUGAUUUGGAAGACGGCUACGAGUGCAAGUGCAAGCCUGAGUACCACGAUCAGAAGCCGGAAGAGCCAGGAACUCAGUGCAAAUUCAGUAAGUGCUUUGGUAUCUUUCUCUUUCCAAACUCCUUCCACUUACAGUCAUCAACGAAUGCCUCGCUGAGAACCUGAACGACUGCAGCCUCAACGCUCUUUGCGUCGACAAAAUUGACGGAUACGAGUGCAAGUGCAAGGCUCCAUAUGUGGAUCAGAUGCCGUCCAAUCCGGGAAGAGUGUGCCGAUUCGACGAGUGCGCCAAUCCACGAGACAAUGAUUGCGACAAGAACGCGCAGUGCAUCGACACCGACGACUCGUACACUUGCCAGUGCAAGGAAGGAUUCUUCGAUGAGAUCUCGGACCCGAAGAAGCCCGGACGAGUGUGCAUUGGUGAGUGGGGGACCGUUAAGAAUAGGCGAUUAACUAAGAGAAACCUACUAACUCAUCCCGUGUGCCACACUAGCACCGCCUCCUACGAGCGCAUUUCCAUGCAAUAAUAUUGAAGAAGUAGGUCUCAUCAUCGAACCGCAACUUCAACAAGAGGACCACACCACUCCGGACCCGAACCUCGUCAAGUGCGGAAACGGACUGUGCCGUCUGAACCUCGGAGAAGUUUGCGUCGGAGGAUCGACGUGCUCUUGCCGCCCCGGGGAAUCGAGAGACAACGAGAAGGAGAAGUGCGUGCCAGUCACCUCGGUUCCUUUGGUCGUUCGUGUCAUGGAAUACGACGGAGAGCCCAUCCAAUACCGUACCGACUACUCGAAGCCAGACACUCCGGCCCACGUGGAAAUUGUCGACGCGGUCAAGAAGAGCGUCGGAAAGAUCAUUGCGAAGACUGACAUCGCGCCGAGAUUCGUCACCACCGACGUCAACUACAUCACCAAUCCUAAAGUGAAGAAUAGCGAUUGGGACAAGGGAUUGUUGGGCAAUGUGACCCUUCAAUUGGCUGGAAACGAGGAGGUCGACAAGUGCAGAAUCUACGAGCAAUUCGCGGAAGUCGUCAGAGAAAUGGGAGGACGAGUGGACAGAAUCAAGCUGAGCGACGACUCCGAACUGGAUCCGUGCAGAAAGGAGGAGGAGAAGAAGGGAAUCCCGUGCGGCAACACCUUCUGCUCCAUCGAACUCGGCGAGGAAUGUGUGGCCGGAAAGAUCUGCGGAUGUCCGAAAGGACAGAAGAGAAAGGACGCGAGCAGUCCAUGCAGAGCCGUCGAGUCCUGGAACCUCCCGCUGUACGUCGUCCGUGACGGACACGAGAAGAUCACCUACUCGCCCUCGCUGGCCAAUCCGCUCAACGACGAACACAAGGAUCUGGUGUCUCGGUUCGAGUCGGGAGUGGCUCAGAGUUACGAUAAGACGCCACUGAAGAGCGCGUUCGUCACUGCCGAAGUGAACGAAAUCGAGAAUCCGGAGAGCAGAAAGAAGGCGUGGGACACUGGAAUUCUCUACAAUUUCACGUCGCACUUUGUGAAAGGAAGUGUCGCCGAACCGGCCAGCGUCUUCACCGAUUUGAUCGAUUACAUUCAGAAGAGAAACAACUUUGAGGUUUGUUUUUCUGCGUUUGAAUGCGCCUAACAAACUGUUUUCAGGUCGGAAAGUCGAAGCUGUUCAUCUCGCCGGAGCAGUUGAAUCCAUUCUCGACUUGCUAUCACUCCGACUGUCACCCGGAUGCCAUUUGCAAAGAAGUCGGCAAGGGAUACACGUGCACGUGCCCCGACGGGUUCCGUGAUCUCAAUCCAUCGCGACCGGGACGCAACUGUCUCUCCUACCGCGGUGUGAACGAAUGUGAGAAGCCGGAGCUGAACGAGUGCUCUCCACACGCCCGAUGCAUUGAUCUGGACUACCUGUACAAGUGCGAGUGCAUCCGUCCGUACGUCAAUUCGGCCGUCGGAGAUGCUCUUCCGGGCUCCGUGUGCUCCAUUGAUUACUGCCAGGACGUCAACUUCUGUCCUCUCAAUUCCACUUGCGUCAACGUCGAUGAACAGGUAUUUUACGGGUCUCCUAAAUCUAUCGGUGGAUGGUAUAUUCAGUUGUCUCCUCUUUUUCUUUUGGUGUCAGAUUCUAGUCCACUUCUACCUAAUCUAGUUCUUCCCUACUAACCUCCCCAUAGUUUGGGACUUUGUUUCUACCCCGCUGAUCAGACUUAUGAUGGACAGGCUCGGUGCGACUGCAAACCUGGAUUCGUGGAUCUCCGCAAGUCGGGACAUCUUUCCGAGGCCGGACUCGGAGACACCAUCUGUCUGAGACAGAACGACAUUGACGAGUGUGCUCUGGGACUGCACAACUGCUCCGCCGCCGCGGUAUGCAUCGACAAGAAGAUCGGAUACGAAUGCAAGUGCCAGGAAGGGUCAGUGUGGAACUUUCUCAGACGAUUGUGCACACUUCUUGUUCAGAUACGAAGACGGAAACCCUCUGGAGCCGGGACGCAUCUGUGCCGCUUCCCUGUGCGGUCUGUGCAACGGCCACGGAGACUGCAUCCACGACGCGCUCUCCUCCAACGUCACGUGUGCCUGCCUGGACGGCUACACCGGACAGUUCUGCGAGACGGCUCCGUCCAACCUGCCCCUCAUCCUCAUGACCCUUCUCGCCCUUCUCUUCCUGCUUCUCACUCUUCUCUGCUGUCUUUACAUGUGCGCCAGAUGCAGAUGCUUCGGAGCACGCGGACGAAGUGAAGGAUCGGCGAGCGGACAGGAGAUACUCGGAUCCGAUUACUACACGAUACCGAGAGCCAAACUCGCACGUCCGUUGUACGCCGAUGACAUGGGCGAGGACCACGCGGGAGCCCUGGCCGCCUAUUUGGACGACGGAGCAUCCAUCUCGUCGGACGGAAGCAUUGAGGAGAUCGAGAGAAGAGUCACGACCGAUGUGACCACGAGAGAAGUGCGCACGACGACAGUCAGGGAUGAGAGUGGGAACAUCAUCAGCCAGAGCCAGGUGGGUACUAGGAGUCAAUGAUCUUUCGGAAUCCUUCCAUUUCAGAUUGUCUCGCACGGAAAUCCGCACGAGACCGACACGGAGCAGUACGGAAUGAUCUCUUCCGAUCACUACAAGACUUCCGCCUCCGAGGCCAUGGACGCGGCGAUGUCCGCUUCCGCCUCCGGAGCCUACGAACACAGCGCCUCGGCUUCUGCGUCUGCCGCCGGAAUGUCUUCCUCAGCCGCGAUGGCUCAAAGAGCCGGAGGAUACAACGCCGGAUACGCAUCCGAUUCCGACGCGGAUUCAGAUGCCGGACACGCAGUUUAUGACAGAACCACGAGGACAAAUCAGGUAAAAAGCUAGGUGAAAGGGUUUGAGAACUUGAAUUGAACAUUUCAGUCGCACGAUUUCGAGCCGGGAGUCGACCCGCGCACCGGUGUGGAACGUACCAAACGGGAGUUCGUGACGAGCACGAAAGCCGAAGAAGUCAACUAUUUCUAA